UAAAAUAUUUUAAAUUAUCUCAAAACACAAACCCAAACAUAUCAUUUAUUUUCAACACACUCCAAAAUACAAAACAAAACAGUAAAACUACAAAUCCAACACAAUAUUUUGUCUUCUCCCUUUAUAUACACUGUCAAAAUCACAUGCCCACACCAUCAUGCGUGCUCUACCUCGCCUAUAAUCUCUACUCUCUUCCCCUCUGCAACGAAAUGAUUCAUCAGCUUUUCCAUCUUUGUCGUCAUUCAGCACCCUAUGGACAGAUUAAUCGAAUUAUCCGACCACGAAAUCCGCAUAGAUUUCGCCUUGGGAUGCAAAUGCCGCACCAACAUUCGCCUCAAAUCCCUCAUUUCUACCGCCCCACUGGCUUUCAAGCUCCAGACCUCCUCCCCCCACAAGUUCCUCGUCAACCCACCGAGCGGCCUCGUCCCACCACUCUCCUCCGCCACCUUCCAAAUCGUCCUCCAACCCCAAUCCCACCUCCCCCCCACCUUCCCUCGAUCCCCCUCUGACCGGUUCCUUCUGAAAACCGCCGCCGCACCAGACCUGGGUGCUGACUCUCCGGAGUCGACUAAGUCCGAGCUCGUCAACCGCUGGUUCAACUCCGCGGCCCAUCGCUCCACUUAUGACGUCAAGCUCAAGGUUUACUUCGUUGGCCCCUUUCUCCUCACUCACGCGGUGGGCGCGGGAGAUUUUGAGGCGGUGAGGAGCAUCGUCAAACGACAGCGUUCGGUUGUUUCCGAGUUGCCGGCUCGGGAAGCCGAGUCCUUGUAUCGAGUUGCAGCUCAGUUCCCUGACGUUAUGGGUUUACUCUUGGAGGCGGGGUUGAGGGUUGACGUCGGGCGGGAGCUUUAUGACGACGGGAGGAUGGUGGCUAAGGGGUGGACGGAGUUACACGUGGCGGCGGCGUUUGAUCGGCAGGAGAAGGUUGAGAGGCUGAGUAAGGAACGUGAGGCAGUGGAUUGCAGGGAUAAGGAAGGGAGAACGCCGUUGCAUUUGGCGGCGAGUAAAGGGCAUUUGGGGAGUGCUAAGGUGUUGGUGGAUGCAGGGGCAAGCGUGGACGCAAGGAGCAAGGACGGCCGGACGGCUUUGUAUAGAGCGGCGGCGAACGGGGACCGAGGGAUCGUGGAGAUGCUUCUGGGUGCUGGGGCGGACCCCACUAUUGGUGAUGUGGAUUAUUGUCGUUCAGCCAUUGAUGUCGCCCGGGAUAAGGGCCAGAAGGACGUAGUUAAAAUACUUGAACGAGGCGAAGCAGUACUUCAUUCUGCUAGACGUGGAGAGCUCGAGGUACUGGAGUCGCUACUAGAAAAAGGAGCAACUACGGACUUCUGCGAUCAAUAUGGUUUGACGGCACUCCAUGUGGCUGCAAUUAAAGGAAACAAAGACGUAGUGAUGAUGCUUGUUGAGUUUGGUGCUGAUGUGGAACGCCCAGAUGCUGAAGGUCACACAGCGUUGCACAUGGCUGUCGAAGGAGGGAGCGUUGAGACUGUUGAAGUUCUUAUCAAUAGGGGAGCUAAUAUGAAUGCCAAGACCAAGAAAGCUGCAACCCCACUAUACAUUUCGAAAUUGAUGGAGUAUGAGGAUAUAACACAGCUUCUCAUAGACAAAGGAGCAGCAUUAUAGUUCUGUCAAUAUGCAAGUAGUUGCUAGUUCUGCAGCCAUUAUGAAGACCAGGAAGUGUUUAUUUCAGGCUAGCUGUUGCUAUCAUCGUCUAAGCCGAUAACUUCCAAUAGGCAAAUACCAGCCCUACUUCUGGGAUGUCAGUCGGUAUCGUCCAAGACUCAGUGCACUAAUUGGGUGAUUCCCCUCUUGCUGUCAAAGAAUGUAAGCAAAGUGAGUGAAUUAGUCUCAACGAUAAGCUUCUUAACCUGUAAUAUUUGAUGGCUACACUAUUUGUUUUUUACGGCCAAGAAGCCGUGCAUCGAAUUAAUACAAGUAAAUUUGAUCUUCCAUAGA